UUGAUAGUCAGUUGAGCUUCUGUGAGCUCUAGCGUUUAGCUAGCUAGCUAGUUCCAUCUUUUCGACAAUGCAGGGCGCAACAGGUUUCUAGCUAAUGCUAAUUUAUUAUUAUUAGCUAGCUAGUUAGUCAGCUGGUUAAUGAUUAGCUAGUUUGUAUCAACAUUGUUUGAACAACUGCAUGUAGAAGACAUCACAGCUAAAUUACAUAUCCACAACUUCACAAGCAUACGGGGAGAACAACUCAAAAUAGGAAGUCCUCUGUUGACAUCACUUCCUGUCUGCGGCGGCUAUGUCGUGCCGGGACAUCCACGCCACCAAUGCCUUCUCCUUUAUCAUCGCCUUCAUCUCCGUGGGCGGCAUCGCUGUGGCGACGCUGAUCCCACAGUGGCGAGUGACACAACUUGUCACCUUCAACAAAAAUGCCAAGAACAUCAGCGUCUACGACGGCCUGUGGGCAAAGUGUGUGAAACAAGAUGGCUACUCUGGCUGCUACUACUACGACUCAGAGUGGUAUUCUAAAGUGGACCAGUUGGACCUGAGACUGCUCCAGUUCUGCCUGCCGACUGGGCUACUGUUUGGCUCCCUGGCCCUGGUGCUGUGUAUGGCAGGCAUGUCUAAGACCUGCUGCUGCUCUGAUAAGCCUGAGACAGACAUCAAGAGUACCCGCUGUCUGGUCAACAGCGCAGGCUGCCACCUAGUGGCCGGGAUGUUCCUGUUCCUGGGCGGGGCCAUCGCCCUGGCGCCAUCCGUGUGGUUCUUGUUCCGGACCAAGGAGAUGAACAUCAAGUUCGACCGCAUCUUCUCCGACGGGUUCGCGGUCUACGUGGCCAUCGGCUGUUCCGGCGGCCUCAUGCUCGCCGCCCUGCUGAUGUUCAUGUGGUACUGCAUGUGUAAGAAGCUGCCCUCUCCCUUCUGGCUGCCUCUACCCACCAUCCCCAACUCCCUCUCCACCCAGCCCCUCACUGCCAACGGGUACCCCCCCUCCCCCGUCUACGGCCCCCCUCAGACCUUCCCUCCACAGGGAUACGCCCCCACUGUGAUGGAUGCCCAGCCCUACGCGCCCUCCCAGGGCUACCCUCAGAGCGUAGCCCCCCCUGCCCUGCAGCCCCAGCAGGUCUAUUUGUCCCAGAUGUCAGCCCCGGGUGGGUAUGGGUCAGAGAUGGGGGUGAACCAGGCUUACAGCUACACCCCGUCCCAGAGUUAUGCCCCCUCUCAGGUGGGCUACGCCCCCAGCUACGUAGGCCACCGCUACUCAACACGCUCACGCAUGUCUGGCAUAGAGAUAGACAUCCCUGUUCUAACACAAGGCCUCUGAGGGAGGGAGAGAGGGCUGAUGCAAGAACACUGAGUCCUGGUUCCGUUUAGCUGUCCUGGCCCCUGUAAAGGGUGUGUACAGUCAGUGCAAUAAGAAUGAAGGAUAUGACUGUUGGUCAGUCUGCACUAGAAAUACAACUCUACUCUGUCACUCAACCAUCACUGCACUGCUAGACACAGUUUAGUAUUAUGGUUUGUAUUCAGGCUCCACGUCUGGUUAAAGGACACCAGAGAUGCCCCAUAAUGAAGUCUGAAUUCACUAUUACAUUUUGAUUGAAAACAAUAUUUUCUAAUCACACCUAUUUGUACAUCUCUUUUCAAUGUAAAUCUGCUUGAAACCUGCUUCUACACUGUAUACGGAGUUCACUAAUAUUUAAACCACUAAGAAAUGAACAAAACUUUACUUUAACCAUAAGGUAAGUUGAUGUAGGAGGUAAAAGAGAGACACUAACUGAGUAAUGUGCUGAUGUCUUUAUGUUGUGCCGGUGUUGUUUAAUGAGUGUUGUUCAUAUUGUUGGUCUGUGAAGCAGCACAUUACUGCAGUGGCUUGUUCAGAACAGCCAUAUUACGUUGCUUAGUUAUCCUGUGUUUGUUGUACUAAUGCUGAGAAUACUUUUGUAUGCUAGUUUUAUACACAUGCUGUUGUUUUUGGGCUUUGGAGAUAUUAUAAUAUGCUGUAACGUGAGAUGAGGCCAUUACUUUUUAUAUGUAGACAUAAAUUAGAUAAUUUUGUAUCUAAUUCACAUAUCAUGAUGCCACUGUAUAUCAAUCAAAUGUAUAAAGCCCUUUUUACAUGUCACAAAGUGCUAUAUCAUGAAGGUAGUUGUUGAACUCAGUCCUCUGUUAGAGUGCCUGGGCGAUAUGAUUGGACCAGAACACAUACUGCUGCUCUGUGCCCCUGACUGCUACUCAGACCAUAGGAAUGUCAAAAUGAAAAUCUUAUUUUAGCUCCGGUACAGUGCCAUCAUCUGUCAUCUGUUCUUUUUGUUACAUUGUAAGAGUCUACACUGAGCUGUGUAAGCUAACAUCGAGCUACUCUUGUUUCCGCUUCAUUCAUCCACUACUGUCAUUGAUUUCACAUGAAGGGGAGGGGUGGGUACACUACACUGUAACAUCACAUUCCAUUGGCUAUGCUGGCUCUAAAAUGGUAGAACACUGACAAUGCACUGGGCUUUUUAUGAUUCUACAAUCUAAAGAGGAUUAUGUGAUUUAUGUUGCAUUCUACCCUAAACACUAGUUUCUUAUAUACCAAACUGUCCUCUAACUCAUGUGUUGACUUCAUCUUAAAUACCCUUUGUAUCAGCUGUAACGUAUCCGACAUGCUCUCUCUGUUGCAGUACUGUAUGUACAGUCUAAUGGUCUUAUCUCUAUGUAAAAUAUAUUUGUUCACCGGACCUUUUUCUCUAUAAAACUUUAAUCUAAUUAAA